UCCUGAGGCUGACAUUACCCUCACUCGCUCCUCUUUGGAAAAACUCGGCGUCAGUCAAUGUUUGCAGAGAGGAAACUUUCUUCCUUUGACGGCGCGCAGUCGACGAGAUUUGCAGCUUUCUCGAGCACACACCGCUCCAUCUGUUUGGAUUACUGGCAUCUGCGACUCCAAAAAAACAUAAACCGCAAAGGUUUUCUGAAGGUGGAUUUGUGCGGUUCUCCUCAAUUUGUGCGUGUCAACUGUAUUCAAGUGCGCGCAGCUUCCGGAUAUAUCACUGUUUUUACUGUAUCUCUCGCUCAAGAGCGCAGUUUGCGGAAUUUUCGUCUUCACGGCGUUUAAACCCAGUGAAUUGCUCGCUUUGAAUCGCAGCUUGGUUUAAUUAGUCUUAAGUGUCAGCCCCAGCAUGAAGAUAGCCACUUAAGAGUGGAGAUUUUCCCUGAUGAAAGGAGUCGAGCGUUCAGCUCGAGUUCACUAGGGUCACUUCCUGAUGAUGACAGUAAACAUGGAUGGCGGUCUUCAAAAUGGACCUGGACAGCACAAGAACUCACAAGAUGAUGAAGAGGCACUCACCUCCAUAAUGAAGGACCUGGCAGCUUUACGGUUCUGUUACCAGUUCAAGAGCAACAACACCAACAAGCCCAAGAGCAGAACCCCAUCCUACAGACAGGAUUUGCGGGUGAAGCUGGAGCAUGAGCGAGAGAAACGAAUCAUUCCGUUCCAAAGACCACUGAAGUUCAAGGAUCUGCUUCAGAAGGUGAUGGAGGCUUUCGGGCAGCAGAUGGAUCUAUACUACACUGAUAAAGAGACGUUGGUUGCUCUGAAGUGUCAGGAGGAUUUGGACCGAGCAGUUCAGUUAUUGAGCUCCAGCUCUGGAAUCAACAAUCUGCUGAGAGUGAUUCUGAAAACACCUCCUAACAACCAAUUCCUUCAAGUGAGCGGCCAAGACAAGCAGAGCGAGAUGAGGUCAUCCAGGUCCCUGGGAGAUCUCAAAGCCUCAGUUCUCAAAGGCUCUGAACGAGUGCGCAAACACUCUACAGGAUCUCUGAACAUGGGCCGCACCUCACCCCCACCCGGCAGCGUACCAGAAGAGCAGCAGCAGAUCGCUCGGCAGGGGUCCUACACCAGCAUCCACAGUGAAGGAGAGUUCAUCCCAGAAACGCUCGACUCCAAUAUUAUGGAGCCAUUCGGGAGUGCUGAUGGGUCGCUUUCCAGCAGCUGUCAGUCACUGGACCAAGCACUGGAUAGCCCGCCAUUCUCCCAGAGCAACCGGGACAACAAUUACCUGAACCUCAACUAUGAAUACAAAGGACGUCAUGGGAAACACGGGACCUUCCCUCGGCAGUUCCAUGUGUCCAGUCGCAGUAAAGACUACGGUGACGGUCGGAGGACUUUCCCUCGAAGCUUUAUGCCUCAAGAGAACCUGUUUCAGCUGGUCCCGUCCAGCCGUACACGCAGCUAUAAUGGGGAAAGCGCUUUGCUGUACAGUGGAGAUCUGCACACCAUCAGCUGGACUGAGAAAAACUGCCAACGCAACAGUCCUAAAUCCCCAAGGGCUCCGGUAAACUGGCGUCAGGGGAAACUGCUCGGUCGGGGCGCUUUCGGCGAGGUCUACCUCUGCUACGAUGUCGACACGGGACGUGAGCUGGCGGCCAAGCAGGUGCCCUUUGACCCUGACUGUCAGGAGACCAGCAAGGAAGUGAAUGCACUGGAGUGUGAGAUUCAGCUGUUGAAGAACCUGCGUCACGAGCGUAUAGUGCAGUAUUACGGCUGCUUGCGUGAUCCGGUGCAGAGAAAACUGUCCAUCUUUGUGGAAUUCAUGCCUGGGGGCUCUAUUAAAGACCAACUGAAGGCGUACGGAGCGCUGACUGAAAAAGUCACCCGCAGAUACACCCGACAGAUCCUACAGGGAGUCCACUAUUUGCACAGCAACAUGAUCGUACACAGAGACAUCAAAGGCGCAAACAUUCUGAGGGACUCCUCUGGAAAUGUGAAGCUGGGAGAUUUUGGGGCUAGCAAGCGCAUUCAGACCAUCUGUAUGUCCGGGACGGGAAUCAAAUCGGUCACCGGCACCCCCUACUGGAUGAGCCCGGAAGUCAUUAAUGGAGAAGGAUACGGACGCAAAGCAGAUAUUUGGAGUGUUGCCUGCACGGUCGUAGAGAUGCUAACUCAGAAGCCCCCAUGGGCUGAAUAUGAAGCAAUGGCAGCCAUUUUCAAGAUCGCAACCCAGCCGACCAAGCCAAACCUGCCUGAGGGUGUGUCCGACGCAUGCAGGGACUUCCUGCGGCAGAUCUUUGUGGAAGAGAAAUGGCGGCCCACUGCCGAGGGGCUUCUCAGUCACCCCUUUGUCCAGGGCAGCUUUUGAUCUUGAAUCUCUGGAAUCCCCAGGGAAAACCCCACACCUGUCCGCGAACAAUCACCACUCUGCCUUCCAGGGUCUGGAGAAACCCAUCAACCAGCCAACUAAGAACAAACUUGACCAUAAAGAGGGGAUGUGCAUUUCAGAUCUCCUCAAUGCAGCUCGAAAAAUAUCAUGUGAAGAGGGAAACUAUGGACGGAAAAAACUAAUAGCACUUCCCGUAUUGUUAAUCAUAAUUAUGCAUAGCUCUGUCCCAAAUGAUGCACUUGUGCCCUUUCGCUGAAUGCACUCUUUUCACAUUUCCGGGGUUUUCAGAAGCGGAAGUCGUUGGAUAAACAGUUUGAACUCAGUGGUGAACGGGGGACGAUAGCAAAUAUAAUGUUUGUAUUCCAAUUUCUUCCAAAAGCUAAAGACAAAAUUCCAAGAUGGAAAAUCCAUGACUUCCCAAAAGAGGGAAAAAUAUUGAGAGAUUGAUUUUGUUUUCCGUCAAUUGCCGUCACACCAUUGUAUUAGAAACACUCUCACAGCAGUGUUAAUUCUUAACAUUUUUUUUUGCAAUUUACUGCCAAGGUAAUAUAACACAAAGUAUGCUGUUAUAAAUGUAUGUUUUUUUUUUUUAAAUGAAAAUAUGAAAAACUUUACUAGAUUUGUGAUGUUGAUAACUGGAAAUGUGCAUCACAGUCUGAAUCCCAGUCAUUCACUCCAUACUAUUACCCAACAUCCUUUGCGACAAAGUAUUAAUACCUCACCUUAAAGGAUGGUGCGAGCUGAGAAUAGGUCAAUGACAUAACACUGUUUUCUUGUCCAGAACCAUUCAUUAAAAAAAAUAAUAAUAAUUUAAAUUACUUAAAUACAACUGAAGAAAAAUUCUCAUUGAAAUAAUUCAGUUCUUGGGGGAAAAAAACGUAGUAGUUUGGCAUAAUAUUUCAUUAUUUGAUUAAUAAUUAAUAAUAAAUAUUUUAACAAAAUAUUCAGGUUUCAAAACAUCAUGUGAUGUGACACCCCAAAACCUUAAUAAUAAUUCUGAUUUAAUCAGUUAUUUAUUUUUCUAAAAAAAUUGUUAAAUAAUCACAAAAUAGUGUGUACACAUAUUGUUAUUUUUGAUUAAAAUCACAAUCACAAAUAAUGAUGUAUUUAAAGUGCAAGGAAAUUAUAUUAUUUUUUAAUUUUUUACUUGAUGGUUACACCACAUUACAUUUUUAUAGUCAUUAAAUUUCUUGAAAAAGGUAUAAACGUUUUUUUAAAACCAUAUGUAAGAAUAAAAAUACUUCUAUGAAAAUUUAAGUUUUUUAAAUUACAUUUUUAAAGAUAUUUACUUUUCUUUAUAUGGACACUUGUAUUUGUCAUUGACCCCGGUGUCGGAUGAUUGGGAGAGUCAGAUAAUUGGGAGCUCUGUCCCGUAUCCUUUUUCCCGCUGACGACAACUGUGUAGACGGAGCAAAAGAACCAAUGUGGAAAUCAUUAAAACUCAUUAAAUAUAGCUACACCAGCCACACAGCAAAAUCCCCAGAGUUAAAUCAACUCUACUCAGAUAACACAUGGUCCCUCUCUAUAUAGUGUUAAAGUAACACUGAAGCAGAGAUAAAGUUAAUGAGAUAAUUAAGUGAUGAAGUUAUG